CUCCCUCGCUUUUCUUAUUACUUUAACCUAAUCUCUUCAUUCCUUCCUUUCUUCUUCUCUCCUCUCUUCAGCCGCCUUUCCUUUCCUUUCCUUUCUUUUCCUUCUCUUCCUUUUUCCUUCUUCUCCUUCCUUUCCCUUCCUUUCUUUUCCUUCUUUAUCCUUUCCUUAUCAGUAGUGCGAUCUACCACUCACACUCGAAGAUUCUUCGCUGUCAUCAUCAUCUUCUCCUAUCCUCUCUCCUUUUAUUCCCCACUCUUUGAUACCCACGGGCACUUGCAAGCUGAUUUUGCUCUUCUUUCUAUAUCUCAUUAAUUAUAACGCCUUUUUAUCAUCGUUAUCGUAUCAGCAUCAAUCAGCAUUUUUUUUUUUCUCUCCUUUUCCUCUGCUUUGAAACAUCCAUUCUCAUUCGACAUCUCUUUCUCUGAAUGUCAGGCGGUGGCAUUGUUUUCGAGGCAUCGCCCGAGCAUAUAGCCUAUGCGCUAUUGGGAUGCUUCAUCAUUUUCUUUGGCCUUGUCAGUCUGUUUGUCAAAGAGAAACUCUUCAUUUCUGAGGCUUUCGUAUCGACGGCCUUUGGUAUCAUCAUUGGACCUUAUGCUAUUGGUAUUUUUGAUCCUGUGGGUUGGAAGGGUUACGACACUGUCACGCUUGAGUUUACAAGGAUCGUCAUUGCUGUUCAGGUCAUGGCCGCAGGAGUCUCUUUACCGAGGUCCUACAUUGUCAAGGAACGAUUGUCGCUGUUCAUCAUUAUUGUACCGCUCAUGUUCCUCAUGUGGGGUACUUCUGCACUCAUCAUCUGGGGUUUGAUCCCUAACUUGGACUUUGUUCAAGCCAUGAUCAUCGGAGCCUGUGUCACCCCAACAGAUCCCGUUCUGUCCAAUUCAGUUGUUAAGGGUCGCUUUGCUGAGAAACACGUCCCGCCUCGUAUUCGUUAUCUUUUGUCUGCAGAAUCAGGCAUCAAUGAUGGCAUGGGUCUUCCAUUUUUGUUUCUGGGUCUUUAUUUGCUGCGCGAGCACACCGUUGGGUCAGCCUUCGCCAAGUGGUUCUACUUGGUAUGGGCAUACCAGAUUUUGCUGAGUAUCAUCAUUGGUGGCGUCAUUGGAGCAGCAGCAAGGAAAGCAGUCAAGGGCGCUAAGAAUAGAAACCUUAUUGACAAGGAAUCCUUUUUGGUAUUCUCGAUCGCGUUGGCGCUAGCAGUCGCAGGAGUCGUCAGUAUCUUGGCAUCAGAUGAUCUUUUGGCGUGUUUCAUCGCUGGAAACGUUUUCGCAUGGGACGAUUGGUUUUCAAACGAAAUCGCAGAGGCACACAUCCAGGAAAUUAUUGAUAUGUUGCUCAACUUGGCCUGUUUUGUCUAUAUUGGAGCUUCAAUCCCGUUCGCGAGCUUUGCCGACGCUGCAUUAGGUCUCUCGCUCUGGCGCAUGGUGGUUCUCGCGAUUGUAAUCCUUGUAUUCCGUCGAAUGCCAUUUAUGUUGGCUCUCAAACCGGUAGUGCCUGCACUUGCUAGCUAUCGUGAGGCUGCAUUCGCGGGUUGGUUUGGUCCUAUUGGAGUUGGUGCAGUUUUCUUCACCAAGGUCACGGCCAUGUUGACUAGUCCAGAGCACCUUGGUGGAGACACAUAUAAUCUCGAUAGGAUUAACCGUGUUCGUGAGGUUAUUUUCCCUGUGGUUAUGUUCUUGGUACUUGCAAGCGUGUUGAUCCAUGGUAUCACUGUCCCAUUGUUGCACUUGCAGUAUAAAUACACGAGGACGUGGUCUAGGAAGCGUGAAGACUCGAACCAUGCGGUGGCCAGAUUACCUCAUAUCAACAUUGGAGACGAGAUUAUUUUACGACCACCAACGAUCAAUGGAUCCAUCGCAGAUGGUGACGGAGAAGUGCAAAAGACAAUCGGAUAUGACCAUCAGCGCUCAAUCGGAUAUGACAAUCAGCGCUCGAUCGGAUACCAAGACCUUAAUCAGCGCUCGAUUAAUCAGCGGUCAUAUGGUUACGGUGGUUUCGGCAUUGCGGGCGUUCCAGACCUGAGCAAGCCAAAGGACCAUGGUAGCACUCAAAACACUGUUAGGACACUCCAGGAUGUCGUCAGAGAAAUGAAAGAGGCUUCAAAGGGAGCAGCCGUGAACAGAAAUUCGCGAGGAUUGAAUAAUAACACUAACGGCAUUGCCACCACUAAUAAAGGCACCAUCCAGGACAAUAACACCAAUAAUGGGGACACCAGCAACAAUAAUAAUAUUAAUGCACCACGGGACAGCGUCAGUAUUAGUUUCAACAUCCCGAAUGUCCGUGGUUCUCAGACAGCUUCACAAAGAGAGGGUGAGAAAGAUAUUGCUCAAGAAAUGAAGGAGAACCAUCCGGCGAUGCAUGAAACAGGCCCAUAUUCACCUGAGAUCAAGCGAUUUGAAUCAUCCUCAUCUCGCCAUGGUGAUUCGAGUAGCUCGACGUCCUCGACUAGCGAUCAGAAAUCUCCACGGCCUCAGCUCAUGCCAUCUCACGGGAAGGAUUCAUCAACAGGAUCGUCCAUUAUCAAGAUCCAUGAAACAGAGCGUGAAGAAGACAAUGGCGUUGUGAGGACAGUGAGUCAUGAUAUCGAAGAACAGGACAGAGUUCAAGUGGAGGAAGAAAGGGUGGAGGAACACGAGCGUCCACAUGAGCAUUCACGUCCACAUUCACGUCCACAUUCAAGUUCGGGGCACCAUCACUUGAGAGAUCUGUUCAGGCCUCGAGAUUAGACAGACGCAUAGGUGGUGGAAAUGGGAGAGAACAUCAAAGAGGGAAAAGGGGAGGAGUGAAUCGAGGAAACGUACGUAAUAUUUAGUAUACUUUUUUUUUUUGCAAUAGUCUAAAGUAUCCUUUAUC